GGGGCAGUAUUUUCUAAUCCCAGUGGCUCUGUUGCAGUCCUCGUACUCACUGCUACAACACCCAUCUCCCCUUUAACUUAAACUGGUUGCUGUUUUCCACUUGAGUUGUCUUCACUUUCACUUAAAACCAUCAAACAUAAUAUACUUACAAUCAUGUCUGUAUCUAUCAGUUUAAAAUGUCUGUCGGUGCUCAAGUGAUUAUUUGUUAGCGUGAUUUGUUGCUUUAAUUCGCCCCACUUGAUACAAACAAUUCUUCUAUUUUUCUACCCCAUCACCACUUUUUUCUCUUUAAGCCCCCACAUAUAUUUUAUAUGUCUCUAUCUUCCCUGCUUUGAUUCUUGGAUUUGUAUCUAUUAUCUGACUUUGUAUCUAUCUGUUUGGAUAAUACUAUAUAAAUAAGCCCAUCCGAAAUGUACCAAAUGCUCUCCUUCUGGUUGAUUUAAAAAGGGGGUUUUGUUUGUUUUUACAGUGGAAAAAGAUGUUUAGUUUCUUUGACAGAAAAGAUGUUCGAAAAAUUCUUAAGCGUAAAGACAGUGAUCCUGGAGAGCAAGGUAGAGCACUGGAAGAACUACGAGCUUCCUUAUUUAGCAAAUUGCGGCGUCAACAGCAGUUCUUGGUCGGGCCUGCUGUUGCCCUUACAUUCAAUUUUGUGGUGUCCGUCAGUAUUAUAUUGAUGAACAAAUUGGUGCUUGUGAAACUUGGAUUCAAUUAUCCAAUAUUUCUCACAUUUAUUCACUAUGUCUGUAGCUGGUUCUUGAUGGCCAUCCUUAAAGCUUUGUCCAUUCUUCCGGCUCCUCCUGCGAAGUCCCCCAAAUUCUCAUCAUUGUUGGCUCUUGCUAUAGUCAUGUCUCUUUCUACUGGCCUUGCCAAUGUUAGCUUAAAGUUUAAUAGUGUAGGAUUUUAUCAGAUGGCUAAGAUUGCUGUAACACCAGCGAUUGUUCUGGCUGAAUUCAUUGUUUUUCGGAAAAGAAUUUUAUUCCAAAAGGUGCUUGCACUUACUGUAGUAUCAAUUGGUGUUGCUGUUGCUACAGUAACAGAUUUGCAAUUCCACUUCUUUGGUGCUUGUAUAGCAGUGGCAUGGAUCAUACCGAGUGCUGUCAACAAGAUAUUAUGGUCCAAUCUUCAGCAGCAAGAUAACUGGAAUGCUCUAGCGUUGAUGUGGAAGACUACACCUAUUACUUUGUUUUUUCUAGUUAUCAUGAUGCCGUAUCUUGAUCCUCCGGGUGUCUUCUCCUUCGAUUGGAGUUUCAGUAACGCCUCCAUCAUUCUUGCUUCUGCUGUCCUUGGCUUUUUACUUCAGUGGUCAGGUGCUCUAGCACUUCGGGAAACCUCUGCGGUGACCCAUGCGAUUCUAGGGCAGUUCAAAACUUGUGUAAUUCUUCUUGGGGGUUUUCUUCUCUUUGGUUCUAAUCCUGGAACAACCAGCAUCUGUGGAGCAAUCACAGCUCUUUGUGGUAUGUCUUACUACACCCAUCUCAACUUGCGUAAGCAGCAACAAUCAAUUAAAACUUCAUCUAAGCAAGCAUCGUUCUCUUUACCUAAAUCUAUGCUCAGCAAAGAGAAUGGUGAAAAACACGAACUUGUUCUUCAAGAUGAGAGCGUCUAAUUUCUGUACAUGCAUGGAAAGAAUAUAUUACUAAAUCCUGUAUUGUUUAUUUAAUUUAUGCAUCAUCAGUUCCCCGUUUUUAGCUCAGUGACUAGUUUUUGAUAGUUUUAUUACUAACCUAGGAUCUGUAUCUGAGUAGCUUCAUUUUUACAGUUAUGACAGAUUAAGAUAAUUCAUAAAGUUUGUAACACAUGAACAUGAAGUCUCUUUGUAUAAGAGAAAUUUUAAAUUUAGAAUUGUAGCUUUUAAGCUAUCUUCAUUCA